AUGUUAUCUGUCAGUUGUGUGAAGAGCAACCAAAAAAAUAUAAUGACUUCAUGGGUCAAAUCUUUAAAUCAAGUAAGAUAUAAGAGAACGAAAUCAAAGGGUAGUUCAAGUAUUACACCACAAACUCAAAGAAUUAUUACCCAAUUAAGUGUGCUAUCUGCACGUAAAAAACAACCAAAAAUGUUAAAAUUAUCAAAAGAAGAUUUAAUAAAACAUCAAACAAUUCAAACUGCUUGGAAUACAUAUCAAGACAUUUUACAAAAUGAACGCCAAACUAUGUUAAAAUUACAAUAUAAUAAAAUGGAUGAAGCCAUGACAAUAUUAAAAGAUAUUUCGCCAAAAUUAUAUAAUCAAGCUAAUAUUGAUGAAUCAGGGAAAGUAUUCCCAAUGGAAAUGAGAGUACCAACAGAUUAUCCACCAAGGAAAUUAUGGUAUUAUGAUUAUAAGAAAUGA